UAAUAAGCUUUGGAGCGAUGGAAACAGAGAAGUGCCCUAGAAAAAACACUGCUCAUAAUCUUAUUCUUUGUUUGAUUAUCCCGUCUCUUUGAGUCUGCAAACCAGAAUCCCGUUUCUUUGUUCCUUAACCCAGAAUUUGAGAGCACUAUAUAAGGUUUGCUCAAAUUUGUAAUUUUAAGAGCAUUUCGCGGACACGUUAAAAUGGAGCAACAACUACCUCACACGAGCGAAGUGAAACCGUUGGCGGCACCGCAACAACCUCACACGAGCGAAACGAAACCGUUGGUUGCAGCACCGCAACCACUUCACCGGAGCGAUGCAGAUGACGAUGAUGAGAACGUCAAACAGCUCGAUGAGUGUUCUUCUCUCUAUCUCUUGAUGCAGGAUUGCGUUGUUCGUAGUAACAGGAAUUGGAAAGAAUGCCAGAAAGAAAUACAAGCUCUGAGGGAAUGCUCUGAAAACAGAAGGAAAAAUAAGCGAUGAAGAUUUUAGUUAGUCAUUAGGUUAUUUACUUUGGUUCCUAGCUAUUGUUCAAGGUAUAACAUUUUUUGUACGCAUACACGUCCACCCAUCAGCAUGAAUAUUUUUGGGCUAGAAUUCAAUUGAAACUGAUUGGUAUUGAAAUUGGGGGAAUGGAACGUUUGUACAGAGAUCUAAAAAUAAACAGUGUUUUCAAUAGGAAAUUCCAAUGAUUAGUUUUGAAGUUAGAGUAA